AUGGGUGCCAUUGAACACGAGAGGUAUGUCAGCUUCAUACUUCCGAAGCUACCAAAAGAUUUUAGUUUCGGCCAAACGGUAGAAAAACUAAAGGGACUUUUUGGCGCCAAAGAAUCUGUUAUCAGCCGACGGUAUAGAUGUCUCCAAGUUUCCAAAAACCCAACGGAGGACCACAUUGCCUUCGCUUGCCGGGUGAAUAAAUCCUGUGUCCAAUUCGAACUAGGAAAGCUCACCGAAGAAGAGUUUAAGUGCCUGAUAUAUGUGUGUGGGCUUAAAUCUGAAAGUGAUGCCGAAUUACGAACCAGACUUCUUUCCAAAAUCGAAGAACGAGACAACGUUACUCUCGAGCAGUUAUCGGAGGAAAGUCAAAGAUUGGUCAACUUGCGACAUGAUAAUGCAAUGAUUGAGUGUACUUCUAAUUUCGGUCAUGUGAAUGCAGUGAAGCAAUUCAAUGGGCGACGUUUUAGGAAAUCAGGAUAUGUAGCAGCCAAAACCGAUGCAAGUGAAAACAAAAACAAGCCAAAAUCGCCGUGUUGGUUUUGUGGUUCGUUACAUUAUGCUCGAGAUUGUACCUUCAGAAGCCAUAAGUGUUCCGAUUGUGGUCAAAUGGGACACCGAGAGUAUUGUUCUAGUGCCAAGAAGUCGCGAGGAGCAGCAAGAAAGCGAGGGAAAUAUUCGGUGACCAGCAAAGUGGUUACAGUAAAUUUAUGCAGUGUGGAAAGUCGAAGAAGAUUUGUUUCUGUUUCAUUCCCUGGAGGUGAAAUACAAUUGCAGCUUGAUACAGCGUCCGACAUAACAGUGAUCAGCCAGAAGAUUUGGCAGAAGAUUGGAAGUCCAGUGUUGGUUCCAGCUACAGUGAAAGCAAAGACAGCUUCGGGAAGUGUUUUGACACUCAUAGGUGAAUUUUGUUGUGACAUUAGCAUUCCGAAGAAAACAAAACAAGCAGUGAUUCGAGUAACUGAUAAACAAUUACAACUCCUCGGAUCUGAUUUAGUAGACAGUUUUGAUUUAUGGUCCAUACCGAUGGACACAUUUUGCAGUCAGGUAUCUCGUGUGUCUGUGUCUACUGACUCCCUCAAGAAAACAUUCCCGAAGGUGUUCAGUGAUGAACUUGGCUUGUGUAAUAAAACUAAAAUAAAAUUGGAACUAAAAGACCAGUGCAAACCAGUUUUCUGCCCAAAACGCCCAGUGGCGUAUGCGAUACAAGAUGCCGUAAAUCAGGAACUCGAUCGUUUAGAGCGACUGAAAAUUAUUACGCCGGUGGAUUAUUCAGAAUGGGCCGCACCGAUAGUUGUAGUACGUAAAGCGAACGGAUCGAUUAGAAUUUUCGGAGAUUAUUCGACGGGUUUAAAUUGCUCCUUGCAGCCUCAUCAGUACCCGCUUCCUCUCCCGGAGGAUAUUUUUGCCAAACUUGCUAACUGUACAGUAUUCAGUCAGAUUGAUCUCUCCGAUGCGUUUCUGCAAGUGGAGGUUGAUGAGCAAGCCGUGGGUUAUUAA